UAUACAAUUCUCCUCUUUCGUCUGCAAAUGCCGCUCCGCGAUCAGCCGGGAGAUGUUUGCUGCAACUUUAUUAAAAAAAAAAAAAAAAACAACGUAAAGAAGCAUAGAAGUUCAAAACCAAUUGUCUCCAUCAAGUGGGCCAGAAGCCCACCUUCAUACAAAUUAGUGCUAGGUAUUCCAAACACGACUGGCACACUGAGAAAAAGAGAGGACUCUGUCAUGGACGCAAAACAGUUUAACCCUGGCCUCGGUGGACUUUAAACGACACGAGUGUCAGCGACGACCGAACGGGCAUUCGCACCCUUACCCUAUGCUUAAAAAAACGAAAAAGGAGAUUUAAGGACAUCUCACUGAUGAAAUCUCGAAUAUGAUAACGAAUGUGUCUGCAUGUUAUAAUGAUUAGCUGCGGUAACAGAAGAAGAAAAUCAAACACAUUAAAGCUUGUCGGUGUGCAAAAUGCGGGUUUGAUGUUCUUUACAAAUAACGGAAAGAAUGUCCGCAUUAAAUGCUUGCAGCACUUUAACGCACCGUUAAAACGCAUCCGACAAGUAUUGGGCACCCGAUUCUGUGUGAUCUUUUUAAACAUUGUGGUCUCCGUUUUCCUUUAUUGCCUCUUUGCUGUCUUUUUUGGGGCUCGUUUUAAAGCUCAAAUUCUAAUAUCAGGCCUCGUUUAUUCAUUGGGUUGGAUUUCUUUGUGUGGCUUUAACGAGAACUGAAGUGCAAAUAAAAGAGGGGCUGUGAAGCCUUUAUGAGUUUGUUGCACAUGACUGCGUCGACAUAACAGGUAUGACAGAAAAAAAAAAACAACAUAUUGGUUUCAUUUUUACACGCCUUCUUGUACGCAUGCUCUGUCCAAAACUCUUAUUUAGGUUCCGCCGAAACGAGCCCAGUUUUUGGAGACUCUGGACUGCGUUGGGCUUGGUGAAGGCACAAAAAGUGAUCGCCCCUUCUUCCCAUUAGCAGGGCACUUUUAUCCUGAAUUGGGCCCAAAGGACGAGCGAUUUGAAGGGGCAGGAGACCUAAAGCGACGGCCGCAGGCAACAGAGUGUAACUUGUGAUGAUUUGGUCCAAAAGGAUCGUUAAAAAGAAGACAUGGUUACUGAUGUGACGUCUUUGUGAACUGAGUUUACGUGCACCUGGGAAAAGGGGGACAAGAAGGAGCAUCGCCAGCUGCAGACUGAGAGGAGCGUGUCGCCGGUGUGAUCAUGGGCUGGGCGGCUAAGGUCACCGGCCGUGUCGUGAGAGAGAGCAUUUGGCUAAUUGCCCCCAUUAACGUGUGUCACUGUCCUUGAUGCUCGUCUUCAUUAUCGUCACAAAGCUGAUCUUAAUCUCAAAACGUACACUUCAGGCUGGUGGUCCUAAGCCGUGUAUGACGCUGAUCUUCCUGCGCUGUGCUCCAUUGCACUUGGACAGCAUUAUCUUCACAUCGUGAGGAACAGAUCCCCACUGCUUCUCUGAACAUGAAUGGCUACGGAUCACCCUACCUGUACAUGGGGGGGCCCGUUUCUCAGCCAAGAGCGCCCCUCCAGAGAACUCCCAAGUGCGCGCGAUGCAGAAACCACGGGGUGCUCUCCUGGCUUAAAGGACACAAACGCUACUGUCGCUUUAAGGACUGUACCUGUGAAAAGUGCAUCCUGAUUAUCGAGCGCCAGCGGGUCAUGGCAGCUCAGGUGGCCCUGAGGAGACAGCAGGCGAACGAGAGCUUGGAGAGCCUCAUACCGGAGUCUUUGAGAACUUUACCGGGGCUCUCGGCCCCUGUCCCCGGGGACAGCCACCCAGCGGCGGCACGGACUGGAGAGGCAGCGGGGAGGUGGCCGUCAGAGCAGCCGGCUGGCAUCCCGUCAUCGAAAAGCGAUGUGCCUGAAGAGAGUUCAGGUGACCAGUCUGGAACUGAAAAUGGGGAGGCCUACAGUGAUAAGGAACAAGACCAAAGCAGCUCGCCUGAUGUCCCUAAGCCAAAGCCCUGCUACACUCCAGAAAGUCCAGAUGCGGCUUCAGGAACUGAUGAUGGCCAUUAUGUUUUACAAAAAGUCAACAACAAUGCUGACACUAAAGAGGACAGCCCUAAACACCACGGAGAACAAAGCCUGCUGAUUGAAGGUCUCUCCGGGUCAGUUACCCUCCCUUUCAAUUUGAAAGCUAACAGACCUCCUCUUGAAGUGCUGAAGAAAAUCUUUCCCAGCCACAAGCCUGCUGUUCUGGAGCUAAUUCUCAAGGGAUGUGGCGGAGACUUGGUAGGAGCCAUUGAAGUCCUACUUUCGAGCAGAUCUCCAUUAAGUUCAGAAAGGUCGACAGCUGAGGGGUCAGACUCUUUAGUUCUGCCCACUAAUGGUCAUUUGUUUGAACAUGCACUAGGCUCAUAUCCUAUGCCAUCAUCCAAAUGGUCUGUGGGGUCUGCAUUUAGGGUCCCAGACUCUUUGCGGUUCUCCACAGACUCAAGCAAUGUUGUGACCAGCCCCAUAGCAAUGCCUCUGCAACAUCCGUUUCCUCAGGCACCUCGCUAUCCUUUGAUGCUGAGAAAUUCUUUAUCAAGAAACCAGUCCAACCCUUUUGUUCACAAUGAUGUGACCUUAUGGAAUACCAUGACCUUACAGCAGCAAUAUCAGCUGAGAUCACAGUACGUUUCACCGUUUCCCAGUGCUUCCACCAGCGUCUUCAGGAGCUCUCCUGUACUUCCAGUUCGCACUUCUGAGGAUCACAGGAUUACAGUUCAAGAGGACAGCUGUCCAGUGGUCCCUAAGCAGACCAUUUAUGCAGAGGAUGACUACGAUGAACGGUCAGAUUCAUCAGACUCUAGAAUUUUAAGCUCUUCCUCCUAGAAAAAGUAAAGCACGUCCAGAAUGCUUUCCCUGUCUUUCUACGUGAUUUGAUUACAGCAGAAAAGUGUUAAAUCUCUUCUCAAGGUUAUAGUAAAUCAAUAAAAUAAGUUCAAGGAAUUGCUUCACUCAGAUUAAAAGUCACACACGUAUAAUCUUCACUCAUUUAACACUACACACGCUGAGUAGGUAUAACAAGUUUGUGAAAAGUGAUGUAAAAAUGCAUACAUUAUGUCUGUGAAUAUCAAUAUGUAUAACCAGGCUGCAUGGAAUAUACUGUGAACAUGUCUCGAAAGUAGAAAUGAGCAAAUAAUGUAGCAUGCUGAGAGUAGAUGAAAUAAAUACGUUGCAAGUACA